AUGGGUGGCCAUGGCGGCCUCAACAUCCUUCCUCAGAAGUCGUGGAACGUGUACAACCGCGACAACCGCCAGAAGGUCGAGCGCGAUGAGGCGGAGGCGGCGGCCGCGGCGACCGAGUCGGCGCGUGCGGCGGCCUCGCAGCGGAUGCAGGCCAACGUCGAGGAGAUGCGAGCGCGGCGUGCGGAGCUGGGCCGCUCCGCGGCGGAGCCGCGGCCGUGGCAGGCAGGAGGAGCGGCGGCGGCGCGGCUGAGGGAGGAGGAGCGGCGCUCGCGCGGCUGA